AUGAAGAAAUCAAAAAGAUACACGGGUUUACUUGAUGACUGGAUCGAAUCUCAAAUCGAACAGAGCGCUCAAGAUCCCAAUGUCGGCUUCGUUGAAACACUAUACCAGACAUGUUCAUCCAUAUUUCUUCAUCUAUGGCGAUCACGUCUUCGAUUCAUGCCGUAUGGCCCACGCCGAAAUACCCUCAAGAAAGAUGUAGCUCAACUUCCGCUAUGGGAAGAGAAUUUUGCUCCUGGGCACCUCGACAUCAUACUUGGGCAGUCCAGUCGUUUGAAGACAAAUGUCGUGGAAAAUUUGAAAGGGAUUGGUGAGGUUCUGAUAAGCCAUUAUGUGGGGUCUGAUGACCCCAUGAGCAAUCUCCAGAUUGAGAGCAGCUCUAUUCAGAAUCUGGUGAAGGAACUCAGGGCACAUUUAGACAAUGCAGAGAUAUUCCUUUCAACUGAAGAGAAGUCAAAUUCAUCCUCAGAUGAAGACACCUCUGACGAUUCAUCGUCAACCACCGACGGUGAGAUGAAUCGUUAUGGACGACUCCACUCUUAUGUGCUCUGCUUGAUGGAUCUUGUACCAGCAAUUGAGCGACAUGCUCUCUGUUUGCAGCAAAGGGUGACUCAACCUCACGAAGUUAGCGGGAAUCAAUUUGAUAUAUCUCAAAGCGCGCUGCCUUUUGCUAUACGCAUUCGUGAUAGAUUUACCACUGCGCCAGUCUCUCUUGUAGAGAGGCUAGCAGAAGCUAACUGGGAAAGGUCUGUCCGCAUCAGAAAAGAGGGAGAAAGGAAAGAUGAAGAGGGAAAACGGCUGUCGAAUGCGGAGAAUCGCGCGAACGAAGAUGACGUGACUUUAUUUAAGCCCUACUCCCUAUUUCACGACUCGGCCAUUGGAACAUCCGUCUUUACAAGGUCGCAAUAUGCCGCUACUGCAGCAUCGCAUCAGUCAUUUCUCUCAACUGCUGAAGAAAAUGGCCAAGGCCGUCCCCGAGUACCUCAUCUAACACAGGAAUACGGACUGCCUUUCAAAUGCGAAUAUUGUCAAAGGGUUGUAAACAUGCGAAACCGGAUUGAUUGGAAACUGCAUGUUUUCGCGGAUCUGCAGUCCUAUAUAUGCACGCAUGCAGAGUGCAAAGACACGCUGAAAACAUUUACGAGCCGUGACAUGUGGGCACGCCAUGAAAUCAACGAGCAUUUUUCCCAAUCACAAUGGCGUUGCUCUCACUGCAGAAUCCCCACUACGACCAAAGAGGACUUUAUCAAGCAUCUCACUAUGGCCCAUAACAUUGCGCUAUCUGGGCAUCCGUUGCAAGCGACGAUCGCAGAAGCAGAAGAGACUGUUUUGAAGCGUGACUUUAAGGAUCAUAAGUGCCCGUUAUGCUUUGAAUUUGGAUGGAAAGAUACGAAAGAUUAUGCAACUCACGUAGGACGCCAUUUGGAGGAAAUCUCAAUCCCAUGUUUGCCAAGAGACGAUGAUUGUUAUGGGAAUGGUGAUUCAGACGCCGAUGCAUCGAGCAAAGCCACCAAGGACAGCUCGCCUCCGGUACGGUCAGCAACCAACAACGGCCAUGGGUCUACCGUCCCUUUUGGUUAUGACUUUGACUUCCUUCAAGAAUGGCAAGACUCAGAUGGGACCAAGAAUAGAGGCGCUGGCCCAGCCCAAGGCGGCGGUUCGAACUUCCUGGGAUCGGGAGUCGGUCAAGGUAAUAGCGACAAGCUCGUUAAGUUCUGGGGAUUGGAGGAAGAACAGGACAUGACUCGGCCAGAGCCAUUGUUCUUCUAUGAUCCGCCGGAUCAGGAACCCACCGAAGAUCAUUUUUAUCCUGGACAGGUGGAAACUAUUGGCUCUGUUGGCUCUUCUCCCACUAGACCAAAUGGCAGCAGUGACGAUCUAUUGAGGGAUUCUCUCAGCACGUCUAGAGAAAAAAAGCAAAUCCCCAUGCCGAAAGCCCAUGAAAAUGAUGUAAGAGAGCCUGAUGCCACACCUGCCAGUCCAGCCGCGGGCUCCGAUCUCAGUUCUACUGAUGGCCUUAUCAUUGAUUUGGGAUGA